GCCUCGGGCUCGGAUUCUAUGGGCUCGGUGCAUCCUCCAUGCGUUCCCGGUGUUUGGCGGCUCUAGCACACCACGUGCUGGCAUGGGCACUAACGCUACUCUAGGCCCUUACCGUAUUGUGUGGUCUUUCCGCUAGUUCCCACGUUUAGAUUUCUUGAUUUUCGUCUUUUGAGUAGUCUGUUAGUAAUUUGAAGUGUCAUCUCGCCGAAAGUUCUAAGCGCAAUGCCAAAGGCUAAUCAAGCCGAGAAAAAGAGGCGCAUACAAGCUCGAACGUCAAGGCCGGUGCAUCCAAAUAGCCGAAAGGCUCAGCAGAUUGCUAGGAAGAGGAUUCACCACGGCAAAAUCGCAACUAGGAAGAAGCAGUUGGCACACAAGCUGAAGAACAAACUCGAGAAGCUUGCCUGGUUUCGUGAGAACAUGCCUACCGUCGAAGCGGACCGGCUGUCCCCAGCUGAGUUUGACGCGUUGAUUGAAAAGUACUUCCGGCGCUUUGACGGGGAGCUUGAGCAUGUAGAUACCAUCGAACGCAUCCGUGGCACCGUCACUCAGUUCAGAGGGCGAUUAGAUGCUAUCAAGAUCACCCUCGAGAAUGAAAUCCGAAAUUACAAUUCAUGUGGCAUCGAAGCACCAGACUUGCUCUCGCCGGAUGUUUUCAAGCUCUUUAUGGAGUGGGAUGGAAAGAGUGUGGAGUACCUGCCAAAAAUAGACAUGCGUACGAUCUCCAAGGCAAUGCUAGAACGACUGGCAUCCAAAUGAGAGACAAAAUAUUUGUUUUCAUUUAUUGAGAUUGUUACAUCUGUGUAUUUAUACAAACCUGUAAAAAUUAUGUAUAAAAGCUUUAAAACCUUGCUA